CACUCAGGCGUGUUAGAGAUUGAGAAAUUGUUUUGGAAAGGAAGAGAUUUGAAAUAUAGGGAAAUUGUGAAAUACCACAUUAUUAGACAACGAUCGUGAUCAGAUAGUAGCAUAAUGUCAACGAGUUGGAUAGGUAGCACCAUAUCCAUAGACUGCGGCCCAAUCUUGGGCACAUACCAGGGCCAGGUGUCAGCAGUGGCAGGUGAUAAACAGACCAUAUCAAUCAUCAAAGGCUGUCGUAAUGGCAUACCAAGUGCCGUACCAGAGAUCACAAUCAGAGGUUCUGAUAUCAAGGAUCUGAAGAUUCUGCAGACAUGUGAGGAGCUGGAGGCGACAAAAGCACGUGAGCCACGACGGAGUGGGAAUUCUGGGAGUUCCUCAGCGACGCUGACCAUUCCCCCCAGGAAGAACCAGCAUAAUGGCUCGAGUGACUCAGGCGGUGGCAGUUAUAACCCUAAGGAUGAGACUUUCAGGAAGAGGACAUACUCAGGCUCCGAAUAUCGGCAGUCACAGAAAAAUGUCACGCCAAAGAAAAAUGAUCGCCGACAGAACAAUCGUACACCCCGCGAGGAUACGUUUAGUGCUCCAGUGGAUGGCUUCAUGGAAGAAUUUGACUUUGAGAAAAACUUGGCAUUAUUCGACAAACAGGCUGUUUUUGAAGAGAUUGAGAACUCACAAAAGCCAGAUGUGGUGCGUACAGCUCAGAGUCAGACACAAAGGCCGGCCAAGUACCGCCAUGAUGAGAAUGUGAUUCCAUCGGGACCAGUGUGUUAUCGACAGAUUGACGUCAAGUCUGAAUUCAGGGGGCCGAGAGAGUAUGUGACGGAUCUGGGUUUGGUUGUGCCAAGUAUUACGAAGAUGCUCAAAAGUAAGAUCUUUACAUCGGCGGAGAGGUUUGGCUUCACGGCUCAGAGACUGACAGAGACAAUUGGCAGAUCUGCUGCAGAGAUGGCGUUACAACUCAGUGGUGGAAAAAACAGACUCAAUCCAAAGAAUGACCACCAGCGCCCCCGAGUGGUUGUACUAGCAGGUUCUCACGCCCAGGGAGCUCAAGGUAUCAACUGUGCUCGUCAUCUGAGUAACCACUCAGUGGAGGUGGUCGUCUUCCUGCCCACAGAUGGACCAAUACUUCACUGCGUUCUUGAGGAGCUGCAUUUAUUUGAAAUGACCCGAGGAAAGAAAGUUGGGAAAGUACAAGAUCUGCCUAGUCAUCCACAGGAGAUUAUAAUCAAUGCUCUGGACCAAGAGGAGAGUGAAGAGACACGCCGACAGCCAUGGUAUCCUAGCCUGGUGGAUUGGUGUAACCAGAGCAAAGCUAACGUGCUGGCGAUUGACCCCCCGGAGUCUGGCAGCAGCAUUGACACCAAGUGGUCCCUGUCUCCAGCGCUGCCACUCAAUCUUGCUCAAAACUGUGGCAACAUUUACCUGUGCGAUGUUGGAUUCCCAAAAAAGAUUUUCGAAGACAACGGUGUGAAAUAUAACUCUCCCUACGGUGGGAAAUUUAUCAUUCCGCUGCAUUUAAACAAGUAAGGCAAGAUGAGAGUAUUGUGACAAUGUGCUAUGAUUCUGGAUGAGACAUUUUAGAUUUAUUGAAAGUGAUACCUGGUCAAGUGAGAGGAGCUCAUGAGGAGCAGGGAAGUGUUGCAUCAUGUUUGUAACCUGGUCAAGUGAGAGGAGCUCAUGAGGACCAGGGAAGUGUUACAUCAGGUAACCUGUUGGACGUCAUCACUUUCGCCUGACAGCAUUUCCAUUAGCUAGAUCGUUGUGAGAUUGAUAUCCGCCUGGCGUUUUAUGUGGAUCAGUGUCCUCAAUGGGUUUAUUGAAUAUUCAGGCCAUUCAACUUAAUCAUGCAAGUAAUUUGUGUUAAAUAAGGGUUAGGAAGAUUUCUGAGGGUCGCCAUGUUUUGGAACAGACUUGUUUAGCAAAUAUGGAGGAUUUCCACCAAGAACGAAUGGCCAUACGAGUAAUCUGAUCUCAGUCAUCUAUGAUGAGCGAGGUGAUACUUGGCUAUGAUGAGCGAGGUGAUACUUGGCUAUGAUGAGCGAGGUGAUACUUGGCUAUGAUGAGUGAGGUGAUACUUGGCUCAUCUAUGAUGAGCGAGGUGAUACUUGGCUCAUCUAUGAUGAGUGAGGUGAUACUUGGCUAUGAUGAGCGAGGUGAUACUUGGCUCAUCUAUGAUGAGCGAGGUGAUACUUGGCUCAUCUGUGAUGAGUGAGGUGAUACUUGGCUAUGGUGAGCGAGGUGAUACUUGGCUCAUCUAUGAUGAGCGAGGUGAUACUUGGCUCAUCUACGAUGAGCGAGGUGAUACUUGGCUCUGACGAAUGAUGUAUCUUCUGUCAGGUUCUGUUGAACUUUGUCACUUUCAUAUCAGUCUCAAUGGGAUUGUUUUCCUCGGAAGCUGCGUGUUUUUAGUUUUUUGUGCAUGAAAUGGUGAGAGAUUUUGAGUUAUGCCAUCUUGCAUUGUGAGAGAGUUUAAUGAUUUUAACAGAUAUCGAUAAUAUUUUUGAUAUUGAGAAUUUGCAAAAAUGAUAUUUUAGAACUGACACAUGUUUAUUGGUGAAUAGAAACAUGAGGUAAGUUGUCUGCAAGUACCGUGUACGUGUAAAAGUUAUGAUGUUAGCAUGGGCAGGCUAAUGGAAGAACCGGGACAACCCAUCGUGGCAUUGUGGCAAGAAAUGUAGGUUAUGUGAAAAGGAACCAAAAAGAAGUGCAGUGCUCAAAUUGAAAAAUUUGAAGAACAUGCAUGAGAAGCUGUUGUACCCAGAACAUGUAUGAGAAGCUGUUGUACCCAGAACAUGUAUGAGAAGCUGUUGUACCCAGAACAUGUAUGAGAAGCUGUUGUACCCAGAACAUGUAUGAGAAGCUGUUGUACCCAUGGCCAUUUUCAUUCUAAAUUUGGUACAUUUUAGUUGCGAUGAUCCUCAAUUAGCCAGUGAAGUGACGUUUUAUAGAUUUUAAACCAAUGUAUUGUCAGUACAGGGCAGUUAGACACUUGUUGUGCAGAACUUGUACAUGCAAGAAAGUGCUGAUGUUUGUAAUAAACGUUUUUCUGAA